AUGGUCUCAGCCCAGUACAAAUCGGCUAAGUUUGAUGUGAUGUACAACAAGCAGCCUGCAGGUCGCAGGUCGAAUUUCAUGGAUUUGACCCACCCGGCAGGAUGGGCGCUGAGCAUCUUGUAUAUUCUACGCGGGGUUGAAGGCAACUUUGGAGCCCACUUCGGGCUGAAAUGCUCAAGCCUUUGUAAGAUGAACAUUGGCACCAGCUUUCGCUCAGCAUGUACUUCCAUCGGCUAUGAGGGAUACAAGUCUGUUUGCCAAGCCAAUAUGCUCCUUGAAAGGACCUGCCUCAUGGCACUCCUUUGCACUUGCCAAGGUGGUGUCUGGUCUCUUGAGCAACCUUCGGGAAGUUUGGCUGAGUACUACCCUGCAUUCAGGGUUAUGCUGGAGGCAAUGUUCCGCUGUGGCGGUGAUUAUGCUGUGUCUCGAGUUGGAUGGUGGAUGGGACAUUACCAGUCAGCAACCCCGAAGCGCCACUAUGGCUAUGCAAAUAGCCCGGUCAUCCACCGCAUUGACCGCGGGAAGUUGCAGGGUUGGAAAGAUCGGGGUGUGAGAAAGGUAGUGACAGCCGAGAAAUACAAAGACAAAGGAGGGAAAAACCGUUACAAGGGAACAACAUCGUUGCGUUCUACCGAGGUCUACCCGGUCGCAUUCGGCCGACACAUGUGCGACCUCAUGGAGGACAUGAAACGCACUCGGCGAGGGCAGCCUCAGUUGCCAAGUGAACUGCCGCCGGCUCUGAUUUCAUUUCAAAGACUUCAGCCGGCCGAUUCGAACAUAUGGCGACAUGUUGGGUUUACCGAUGUUUACAAUUAUUUACGACGUAACAAGAAGUUACAAAUACCGCCUCAAUGGCGUGAUGUUGUGCCUGCUCGAAUGCAUGAGGUUCAAAGGGAUGAUUGA